GGGCAGGCGGAGUCGCUAAGCCGCGCGUUUACUGCGUCAAUCGUUUCGUUCGUCCCCCCCCCCCCUCCUUUGCUCUCCGUCAGAUUCCCUUAGUGGUGGUGUCUAUUUUUGACUCGGGCUUUUUGUCAGCGUCGCCAGCGCUGCCCCGACGUUCGGGGUAUUACCCAUCAACAAACAUAUUUUCUCUUCUACAAUUGAGUCACUGCAUUGAAAGCAACAAGACGGAACACACACACACACACGCCCGCACACAGACACGUAAGAGAACGGCAAAAAUUCCAAGAAAGCGCAAAUGGACUUCUUCAAGCGCACCAACUCCCUCGACUCGAUCGGGGUACUGUACGAGGAGCGGGAGUUUCGCUCGCCCACUGAGACGCCGGUGCAGCGGGAGCACUCGGAGCUGCGCGUCUCGACGACGGUCUUUUCCGCCCCGCGCGACAACGUCCGCAUCGCCGACCACUUCUCCGAGACGAGCACCACGGCGGACACUCGCACCUACUCCUCUUCCUACCCCAUCACGGCGUCGUCACUGCACAUGCAGCACAUACGGGAGCAGUCGGGCGACUUCACCUUCACCGGGCAGCCCCGCGCGGUGGUGCGCUUCCGUUCAUGCAUUACGGCGAACGACGCGCACGGCGGCGGCGGCGGUGGGGUGCGCGCGGAUGACCGCGGCGGCGAGAGCAACGAAGGCGGUGAGGGUGAUGUCGAGCUGCCGGCGCAGACCGGGCCGUUCUCGGCCGACAUUCUGUGUGUGAUUCUCCUCUACGUCGAUGUGAGCACGCACGCCGAUAUUGUGCAGCUGGGCUGCGUCUCCCGCUUCUGGCGCUUCUAUGCAAACCUCGCCCCACACUGGACGUACUUUAGGCGGAAGGAGUGGCGUAAGCGGGCUGACCUGCCGCGCUACGUGCGCCGUAUUGUGGCCAAGACGAAAAUUGUCACCCGCGACGACUACAUCAAGGAGCGGGUGAAGGUGGAGGAUUACAAGAAGAAGGAGCACCUGAUCGGCACGGCGAAGCACAUUCGCUGGGUCCUGGCCACGGGGAUCAUGGUGGGGGUGAUGGCGACAGCCAACUUCGUUGUCGCCUACUUCCUUGGCUUCCUGCGCACGGCGCUGCGCUCCGACACGAACCUGGGCAUCACGUGUUUUGUGCUGCUCGCGGUGAUGUCCCUGCUGGAGGUGCUCAUGGUGGUCUUCCCCCUGGCGGGCAGCUCCACCUCCGACAACAAGCACAGUACGAUGCGCAUUCUAUCAUGGGGCCUGCUGCUGCUCGUGUGCAGCACGGUACUAGGCACCAUCACCGCCCUCGCCUUCACCCGAGUGCAGGCCGCCGGGCACGUCCUCGACGGCCCUUCCAUCGACUUCACGAUGUCCGCGCCGUGCACGCGGUACGUCACGAAAAACCGGCCGUCCUUUGUGCUCCUGCCCGCCGCUCUGAGUGACCUGCGAUGGCGGCCAAUCACCUUCGACCCGAACGAGACCGUCCUCACGCCGUACUGUCCGCGGGCAGCGGCCGGCAGGUCGGGGAUGUGCUACGUCCUGUCCUUCUUCGAUGUGAACUACACCUCGGCGGUGUUUCAGAACGCCACGGCGCUGGCGCUGGGGAAGGACGUGGGAACGCCGACGGCCAACGGCUUCGACCCGCUCUCCUCCGGUCCGCAAAGUGGCGGGCUUUGGUGCACCUCGUCGAGCUGGCCGCAGAUCGUGGCGGUGACCGCGAAGACGUACGCCGCUAUCAAGGCCGCGCGAGACGCCCUCUACCCGUCCGAUGAUGACUGGCUCGUCGCCGCGCGUCGACCGGGGAGCCUGCUCAACAUCAGCUAUCGAUGCAGUUCGGACAUCAACCGUCAAAAGACCGAAAGCCCGCACAAGUCCACCGAACUGUGGUACGGCGACAACGCGGCGUGGGAGUGGAACUACGUCCCGCUGGUCACGCCGUACGUCCAACAGCGAAGCACCUUUCUCAGAGUGCACUAUCACUUUCUCUUCUACGCCUUCGCAUGCCACAUCAUCGCGGGUGUGUUGUGGCUCGUGAUGCUGAUUGCACAGAUGGUGUUUAAAACAGCCGCGAACGGCGUGCUGGGCGUCGCCACGGCUGCGGCGGUGAUGUGUUUGAACCCGCUCACGAUGAUUGUCACGGGCAUCCUGUGUGUGAACGUGAGUGACUCGACGUUCAUGUGCGACGCCAGCGCGGGCGGGUGUCUCAUCGGCGGUGGCUUCGGCCUGACCUUCCUGGUGCUGUCCAUCUACGUGUCAGUGCGAGAUUGA